CUCAUCUGGCAGCCUUGCGCAGAUCUAUGUCUCAAGAUAAUCCACUCAAGAAGUUUCUUGACCCUUUUGGAUGCCCUUCGAUUUACUUGACUGGGUCAGAUCUAAUGGAGGGAGUUGAGUGUGCUGUUGGUAACGUCUACGCUACAGACCAGCUGGCUGUCACAUAUCUAGGCAGGAAGGACAAAGUACGUCUAGUCCUGAAUGGAAAGGGUACUUUCGCCAAUGUCCUGGGAAAUCUCAAAGAAAGACUUGAGUUCAAUCUAAAACUAGUAAUGCUUAUGGCACUAAGGUAUGCCAUUGCAGGGCAGAUGGGAGCCAUUGAAUGUCUCCUGCAAGACAAUAAAGAAAAACUAGUAAAUAGAUCUUCCGUGGAUGAUGCAGUCAGAGCUGAGGAGCAAAAAAACAUGCAGCCAGAUUUCACUUUAGUGAUCCAUGGUGGGGCAGGAGAGGAAAUGAUGUUAAAUGAGAAGGUGAUUGGGACCAUUGAAUUUGCCCUUCAAACAGCUCUAACUCUUGGAGCACAAGUGCUUUUUCAUGGAGGUAGUAGUCUGGAUGCAGUACAAAGAAGUGUAGUUGCAUUGGAGGACUGUUUUUUGUUUAAUGCUGGCAAGGGAUCAGUAUAUAACAAAGAUGGGGAGCAUGAAAUGGAAGCCACCAUUGUGGAUGGACAUGGGAAGAACUCUGGAUCCGUGGCUUGCCUGCGACGACUGAAAAACCCAAUAAAAGCAGCCCGCUGUGUUAUGGAAAAGAGUGUGCACUCUUUACUGAUUGGAGAAGGUGCCGAAGAGUUUGUACACAGUCUUGGAGAAAAAGAAACAACACUAAAAUCAGAGUACUUUGACACUGAUAUAAGAUACAAGGAGUUGCUUAUGAAGUCAGAUGAUGGCAAGAAUAACCAUCCUCAAACUGUAGGUGCAGUUGCGCUGGAUAAGUGGGGCAAGUUAGCAGCAGCCACAUCCACUGGAGGUUUAGUUGGCAAGUGGAAAGGCAGAGUCGGUGACACCGCCAUAGUUGGGGCAGGAAUUUAUGCCGAUGAGAAACUAGCCGUGACAUGCUCUGGUGAUGGUGAUGCCUUUUUACGCCAAACAGUUGCUCACAAAGUAGCCAGCUUAUACAACCUCAAAGGUUACAGUCUCAGACAGGCUUGUCGAGAAGUUAUCAACAAUGAUCUGGAAGAAAAGUGUGCAGGAAUUAUUGCUGUGGACCAUCACGGUGAAGCCGUUAUUGAAACCAAUGCUGGGGUCAUGUUUGUUGGUUCAAUGGUCAGUGGCAUUCCUCGAACUGAGGUUUUAAGACCUAGGAAGGAGUUUAUGAAUGUGAUUUGGGAGACUAAUGAAUUGGUAGCUCACCUACAGUCUAAUCCUUGGACCCCAGGAGCCACUAUUCUCACUCGAAAGACUAUGAAUGGACCUAGUAGCAUCUUUCAGUUAGUGUUACCUGACUACAUAGCAAUGAUGCAGGGGGCACAGUUAGUUGCCAAUCUCCUUUGUGAGAAACUUUCUGUGCAUCGCUGCGCCCUUGUGUCCAUGCCAGAACAUGACAAGCCAGCUUACAUCAAAAUCUUGCCUCUCCAUGACCUAGAACCAAACUGGAAACCUCAAACAGCUGAGGAAAUGGAGUUCAAUCCUUAUGAUCCUGGAUACUGUAGCUCCAAAAAUGGUCCCCGAUGUGAAGAUACUCUUCUUGACCAGGUGCAGGCAAAGAUUCGCUCUCGACUACCUACAUCCAAUGCCCCUUCUUGCUUUGACUUCCAUGGAGAUCCUUCUGAUACCAGCCUUUUCCCCCGCAUUAUUCGUGGUGAAGAGCAACAGUGGCGUGUCUGGGAAGACAAUGAACAUGUAGCCUUCCUUACUCCUUUUCCAAACACACCAGGCUUUACAGUUCUAGUGCCAAGAAAACCUCUUACCAGUGACAUCUUCCGUCUGAAGGAGAGCGACUAUACAUCCCUACUCGUGGCAAUACAAAAGGUUGCUCAUCUUGUGCAAGAAGGAAUGAAUGCCCAUUGUGUAGCUCUCAUAUUUGAAGGGUUUGAGUUUGAUUAUGCCCAUGCCAAACUGAUUCCAUUAGUUCAUCAGCCUAAUGACCCCAAAUCCCCAGUUGUGGCUUCUCAGUUCUGCCCAACUUACACAGGAUAUGUAACAUCAGUAGAUGGUCCUCCAGCUAACAAAGAGGACCUUACAGAGAUCUACACCAAGAUAACAAAGACUACUCCACCUCAGUCAUGGGAAGACCCCCAGACUCAUGCAGCAUUAGCCAUCAAGAGCAAAUGGUAUCGCAACCUUUUUCAAAUCCAAAACACCCUGUUUCAUAGCACAGUAGAGUACUUCAACAACAAAUGCAAGUAUGCCUAUGCACUGACACCUAUCACAACUGACACAAUUUCCUCUCCAAUGGGUCUGGGGUCAGAUUCUGAGCCAGUGUUUGUCAACAUGUUGGGCCAAGAUGUAUAUCUGGCAGACUCUAUGCAGUUUGUUUUAGAGUACUUUAUGAGGUUUCAUGAUGGUCUUCCUGGGGCUUACUACGUGUCCCCCAGUUUCAGAGGGGAGGAUCCUGACGCUACACAUCUCAACCAGUUCUACCAUGUGGAAUGCGAGCUUCUGGGCGACAUGGAUGCUGCCAUGACAAUUGCUGAAGGCUAUGUUGCACAUUUGACUCAGGCAAUGGUAAAGCAACAUUCCGACAUUAUCUUAAACACAGCUGGUACACUAUCUCAUGCCCAAGAACUACUGAAGAACUUAGAAAACCCUCUUCCAAGAGUACCUUUGGAUCAAGCCAUUAACAUUAUGCCAUCCUCUGAUUGCCUUGAGUGGGUUCAGGAGGGACAACCACAGUUUGGCAGGAAGCUAACUCGAAAGGGAGAAAAGGUCCUAAUUAAAAAGUAUGGAGGUGCUGUUUGGCUGACAGAAAUGGACCAUCUUGGAGUGCCCUUCUACCAAGCAUAUAUUGAAGGUUCAGGUAGAAGCAAAGCCAAGGCUGCUGACCUUCUCUUGGGGUUAGGGGAGACAGUAGGGCUUGGGGAACGUCAUUCUACACCUGAAAUGGUACGAGAGGCCUUACAACACCAUGCUGUACCAGAGGACUCUUACAAAUGGUACAUCGACAUGCGUCAAGCCAUCCCUCUUCAAACAAGUGGAUGGGGUAUGGGCUCAGAGAGAUACCUGUGCUGGCUUCUGCAGCACAAUGAUGUCAGGGACAUGCAAAUCAUACCCAGACUGAAAGCUAAAAAGUUUAUGCCAUAAAUGGUACAUAUAGGUCCUCUAAGUCUACAACGUGUGCAAGGACUUUACACAGUGAACUUUACACAGUUAUAGAUGGCAUAUAAUGUAUGGAAUCAAUACCAAAUAUACUUAAGAAUUUUAGCAAGAAUAAGGAUAUGAAAUCUUGAAAUAAAAGUUAUACUAUAACUACACUACAUUUCAGAUUGUUACAUUUUUGACAACAGAAUAUUUAAUGUUGAGUUGGCCUUAAUUCACUUCUUCUUCUUUCUUUUUUUACAUACUGUUUGGUGUAAAUCAGUUUCUACUAUACUUAUUGUGUUUACCCACUAUGUUUUAGUUAAGAUUAAAAUGUGUUUGUAAGAACUGAUGUACCUUUUUGCGUAUUGCAGAAUUUUAAAUACUGCACUUACAUACCACAGCACUGUAUUUCUUUCUUUUUUUUUAUCUCUUUCUCUGUAUCUUUUUUGCUCUCCUUUUCUGUUUUAAUACUUUCCUAAAAUAUUAUAUGAAUGUAUUACAAACUGGCUUACUGACUUACUGAAUAAAAAUUGUAUUAUAAAACUCACUAACAUUCUUUACUAUUAUAAUAAUAAAAUGCAGAUAAAUCACC